AUGACCGCCACAAAGGCCCAGUCUCAAAAAAUCUUCGAGAAACUCAAGUCGAAGCCUGCCAACAAGAUAUGUUUCGACUGUGGCCAGAAGAACCCGACUUGGUCGUCCGUCCCGUUCGGUGUUUACCUGUGUCUCGACUGCUCUUCGAAUCAUAGGAAUCUGGGUGUCCAUAUCUCAUUUGUGAGGUCGACAAACCUGGAUGUGUGGCAAUGGAGCCAGCUGAGGACCAUGAAAGUCGGAGGGAACGAAUCGGCCACCAAGUUCUUCCAGUCCAACGGUGGAAGUGCGGCCCUGGCCAGCAAAGAUGCCAAAGUCAAAUACACUUCCAACGCUGCGAACAAGUAUAAGGAAGAGCUAAAGCGCAGGGCAGCAAGGGACGCCGAAGAAUACCCAGAGGAAGUGGUCAUUACCGACGACAGUGCAUCUACCCCUGCCGAUAACUCGUCGACACCAGCCAGCGAACCAGCCGAUGACUUCUUUUCCUCCUGGGACAAACCGACUAUUAAACGACCUAGCAAUCCUCCGUCACGCAGCGGUACACCUCCGGUGGUUUCCCGUACAGCGUCCCCUUUCCUCUCAGCCAACAACACUACCAACGGCAGCGCCUCACGCCCCAAAUCUCCCUCUCCGCUGUCAUCGGCUGCCAACGACGCUGAAAAUGCCCUUCCCGCUCCGACGGCGAUUCGCACUACCUCCUCAUCUGCAAUCCGUAAAGGACCGUCCGCGGGGGGCGGAGCCAAACGCACCAAUAUUCUGGGCGCAAAGAAGACACAGAAACUUGGUGCCAAGAAGAUUGCGGGCGACGAGAUUGACUUUGAGGCCGCCGAAAAGGCCGCAAAAGCCGAAGCAGAGAGGAUAGAGAAGCUCGGCUACGAUCCCGAGUCGGAGAAAGCUGAAGAACUGGCCAAGAACAAAGCCGCGGGUUUUGGUGCCACUACCAAAGAAGUCCCAGCCGCAGCCAUCACUCCCAAGGUUGGCCCUACCGCUAAUCCGACCCAUGCCCGAAGUCCCAGCGAGGUCGAACGGUUGGGUAUGGGUGUAGGCAGAUUGGGGUUUGGGCAGAUCGGCACAAACAAGUCUGCUGCGUCGACGGCAGCGGCACCCAAGAAACUAGGCUUUGGCAGUGUUGGCGCAAGCAAAGCUCCUGUGGAUGAUGAGUCGGAACAAUACGCGCGCCAGAAAUUCGGCACUCAAAAAGGCAUAUCAUCCGACGAGUUUUUCGGGCGCAACGCCUUCGACCCAUCCGCCCAAGCCGAAGCCAAGACGCGCCUCCAAGGCUUCGAGGGCGCCACGAGCAUUUCGUCCAACGCGUACUUCGGCCGACCUGAGGACGACCUGACGGGUCUUGAGAGUGGCGAGUAUGGGGAUAUCGAGACUGUCGCCAAGGAUUUCGUCCGCCGCCUCGGUCUUACCGCGGGCGACGAUCUCGAGAAUCUGAUCAAUGUCGCUGGAGAAGGUGGGAGGCGGUUGAGAGGUGCGGUGGCGCGCUAUCUGAACAGCUAA